AUGGCAGCAAACCAGGCCUAUUACGAUAGAGUGACUACUUAUAAUGUUUGGAAAACACCAAGGGCCGUCGGAGCCGCCAUCAGUUCAUUCGAUGUUAUAGUGGGGUCUUCCGCCCAAACCAUGGUUUUCGACGCUGAUGUUCUUCUCCAGCGGGGUCAACUUUCAGUAGCCAUUCUUGAACAAACACCGCUAUAUAAUUGCCGAGAUAAAUGUUAUACCGUGACGGAUGCUGAUAUCGCUAAUGCUACUAGUCUUACUUCAGGUAAUUUGGCAAACGUUGCAACAUUAGCAAUUGGAGAAAUUUACCAGUUUGCGGUUACAACAAUGGAGACGAAAUUUUAUUUCAACAUGACAGCCUUGGAACAGAAACUGAAUCUUUCCUCGUUACGUGUGAUUAAUGAUGAAUGGGCGUUGUUUGUACCAGAUAUCGUCGCGGCAGCCAUAAAGCGUCGAGCUGAUAUGCUGAGUGUAACAGUGUACGAACUUGCUGAGCUGUUGAAUACAAAUACUUCUACAUUGUAUGGCUAUAAUUUGAAUCAAAUUGAGAGUAUCUUCAACGCUUUGGUUACACGUAUUAACCACUUUAGAACUCAACCAUUCUCAGUUUCUAUUUCUGGACAGAGCACUUUUAAAUGGCAGUCUCGAACUAUGGCGUAUUAUGCUAAUCAGACCAGCCAGUUAUCAGUUCGUCAUCUUGAGAUAUUAUACAAAUGGGCGUCAGCACAGCUUUUCGCCUUAGAAAAUGUCCAAUUGUCCAGUUACUUCUCUCAGUGCAACUCUCUUUCGACUGCAGGUUCUUCGUUUGAUCUAUCCCAGCAUAUUUUUGGUUAUCAAACUACUUUUCCCUCCUGUAAUGUCGCUUUUGUCUUGUCUCGAACUUUGAGUGAAGAUGAGGUCAGAUUCAAUCUUUCUACAAUCACAGACAGAAAUAUUAUGUCCAUUAUUAGAAAUGCAAGUAGUAUCAGCAGCUGGUUUGAUUUCUAUCAACUAUUGUUUGCCAUUUCGGAAGGUAUUUGGAUGGAAACUCCACUUAUUACCCAGGUUCAAGCUCGUCAAGGUCUCACCAACGCUCAAAUCAUUACUUACUCAGUUCCGCAAAUCGCAUACGCAAUCAGAACCUUGAAUGGAUCUGGUGAUUUAAAUUUGAUUAUGAGGGAUAAUUAUCAGCAAUACCUUUCCCUUCUCCUACAAACAUACGAUUUCUCUAAAUCUACUCUUGGCGCCCUCACUGGACGAACUGAAGCUCAAAUUGACAGUUUAACGAUCCACGAGGCUCACAACCUGGUAUUCGAGGCUUUAUAUUUACGAUAUAAUAUCAAUGAGUUUCUGAGCAAACUCACUGUUGCAGGAGUUGACAAUUUUGUAGCUAUUAAUCUUCCAUCGUUUGAAUGGUAUAGACUGGUACGAGUAGCUAUUGAAAGUUCAUUCGAUCAACUAGCAAGUGCUUUUUCAUCCAACCUAACAGCAGGGACUGGUGGUGUUUCAGUUAUUAUUCUAGCAGAUGGUACAUCUUCAAUUCAAAUUGGAUCUGACAGCAUAUUCAGCAUCUUUAUUAUCUCUGCUAGUCGUUUAGCAUUGUGUUUAGGUACCACAGUAUCCGAAAUAUACCAGAGAACCAUGACUAGCUACCAAACGUUGUACCAAAGCUCCGCUGUAGAUCUCGUUAAUAGGAAGAUCAUUUUCGAAACAGAAAAUUUCAAUGUUUUGCUGGCCCGACUUGGAAUAAUAUUGGGCAGUAUUAGAAAUACUGAAACGAUUGGUCAAACAAUUGAGAAUCGUGUUGGUCUUACAGCAGAACAGUUGCGGUGUAUGUAUGGCUGGUCAUCUGAAUUUACAUCCUUCCUAUUCGGCAUAACCUGGGCAAAUGUUAGCUCAUUCCGCCUUUGUAAUGAUUACACAUCUUGGCCUCUUCAUCGGAUUGUUGUGGCAUUAUUGCACUCUUCUCCUGCAGUGUGUCGUAAGUAG